AGCCUUCCAGGGAACACAUGUAGGAAAGCAUUAGGGGUGCCGGUGAUAAGUGCUGGCCAGGAGUAAAGGACUGUUCCAGUGUGCCUGCUGAGGCUUGGGGUCCAUGGGCUCUGCAGUCUGGAGUGCCUCUUGAGGCCCUUUAAACCCUCAUUGGUCCAGCCACCAGUGGAACUCUGUAGCAGGGGGUUGGGGGGUGGGGGAAAGGAAGCAGAUAAAAGGCAAGUGAAAGCCGGAGGUGCAGGCUCCGAAUACCAUCGGCCAGCACUCGCUCUCUUCCUGCCUAGCCUCGGCUGACCUCCUCAAGGGCCCCAUGGCCAACUGCGAAUUCAGCCAGGUGUCUGGGGACAAACCUGGCUGCCGGCUGUCUAGGAGAGCCCAGAUCUGUCUUGGCGUGGGUCUCCUCGUCCUGAUCGUCGCCGUAGUGACAGUGGGCGCAGUUCUGUGGCCGCGCUCACCCAUGAAGUGGCGUGGGAAGCCUACCACGAAGCAUUUUUCCGAAAUCUUCCUGGGACGAUGUCUGGACUACACUCAAAUCAUCAGGCCUGAGAUGAGAGAUCAAGAUUGCAAGAAGAUACUGAGUACAUUCAAAAGUGCAUUUAUUUCAAAGAAUCCUUGCAACAUCACAGAAGAAGACUACCAACCACUAGUGAAGUUGGUCACUGAAACCAUACCAUGCAACAGGACUCUCUUUUGGAGCAAAUCCAAAGACCUGGCCCAUCAGUAUACCAAGGUCCAGAGGAAGAUGUUCACCCUGGAGGACACGCUGCUGGGCUACAUUGCUGAUGACCUCAGUUGGUGUGGAGACCCCAAUACUUCUGAGAUGAACUAUGACUCUUGCCCACACUGGAGUGAAAACUGCCCCAACAACCCUCAAAAAAUGUUCUGGAAUAUGAUUUCCCAAAAGUUUGCAGAAGCAGCUUGUGGUGUGGUCCAAGUGAUGCUCAAUGGGUCCCGCAGUGAACCCUUUUACAAAAACAGUACUUUUGGAAGUGUAGAAGUCUUUAACUUGGACCCAAACAAGGUUCACACACUACAGGCCUGGGUGAUGCAUGACAUUGGAGCAAUUUCCAGUGACUCAUGCUCAAGUUCCUCUUUAAAUGAGCUGAAAUUGAUCGUAAGCAAAAGGAAUAUAACAUUUAUCUGCCAAGAUAACUACAGGCCUAUCAGGUUUGUUCAAUGCGCGGAGAAUCCUGAGCAUUCAUCCUGUGGAUCUAGAAUCUGAGCCAUGAUGGCUUUAGAUCUUAGACCUCCUACAGCACAUAUCAAUGUGGCCGGACACAGAAAGCGCCCAGUGGAGGGAGGGCUGAAGAUUUCAGAGAGAGGUGUCUGUUGCAGUGUCAACACCAGACAUGGAAGUGUUUCCCUCCAAAUUAUGACAGAAUUGUGUUAGUAGUAUAGUUCUUACUGUACUCUACCAAUAUUCAAGAAAGAACUACUUUAUAAAGUUAGACUUAAAUUUUUAUAUUGUUAUUUCACUUUAACUUUCUCAUGUGGUGCUUUUAUGAAGUUUAUGUACUGCUAACAUCUUUUUCUUUUAAUGGGGCUAGGAAAUCAAACCUAAGAAUCCUUGCACACAGUAGGUAAGCCUGUCUACCAGUGAGCUACAUCCCCAGCACAACUACCAACAUCUUUCAAUUGAAAAAUAACCAACCAAACCUUUCUUGUUAGAAUGAGCAAACAAAAGAAAAUGAAAUGUCCAAGAUAAUGUUUCAUUAAGACAACCCGAUUUCAAAUGAACGGCCUUAUCUCCUGAUGUUUUUGCAUCCUUCUGACAGAUACUCAGACUAUAAACUCCAUGGUCACAGGUUACUACAGGGAAGGUGCUCUAUGCAUUUCACACCACCUGCAUUUGUGCUUUAUCUCUAAUCCUCCCAGCAUUUCUGUAAGUUUGGUUAUUAUUUUCCUUUUUCAUUUUUCAGUUGAGAAAAAUGGGAGUUUGGAAAGGUUAUGCAAUUUUUCUAAAGUCAUACUCCAGGAUAAAGGUUAAAGUUGAAUUUAAACUCAGCUGUAGCAAACCCAAAAGUGUAUGUGUUUUCUUUUCCUAGGCCUUUAACAUCACACUGGUAGAAGCCUUUGUUAGUGAAUGUUGCUGGAUUAAAGUGAACACAGUUGAGUCUAGAAUGUGCUUUUUUCUGGAUGACUUUAAAACAGAAGAAUUUUUCCCCCAUUUUUUUCCUUCUCAUGUGUGUUAGUCACUUUUCUGUUGCUGCGAUAGAAACACUGACCCAAG